UAUAGUCCAUCCUAUUCACAACUAUCAAAUACGAGCAAGAAGAUUGUUUUCUUGAAAAGCAUGAUAAAUUAUUGACAAAUAAUACAUCAAGAAUCGUUUUGCAAGCGUCAAUAAUUGAAAAUAAUAAAAUUGGGAUUCUUGUUCAUCAAGUUUAUAAACUACAUCACAACUUUUAUAUUUUUAUAAUGGCAUUCACAUUAUGGACAUUAUUCGAAGCUGCUCUUUUAUGUUUGAAUGCUAUUUGUGUUCUCCAUGAGGAAAGAUUUCUCGUAAAAGUUGGUUGGGGUGCAAGGCAAAACAUUCAAGGCUUUGGAGAACCUCCGACAAUAAAAUCUCAGAUGCUCAAUCUUGUCAGGUCUAUCAGAACAGUUGCAAGAUUUCCUUUGAUAUUUCUUAAUACUAUAACAAUAGUUAUUAAAUUAGUACUUGGAUAAAUGGCUGUGAAUUAUUAUUGUUAAUUUGAUAAGAACAAUUUAUUUAUAAUAAUAAUUAAAACAAGUAAUAAAUCUGGAGAAGAUAAUCUUAAUAUUAAUAAAUAUU